GACAGUGACGGGCGUCGUCCUGGAGAUGGUGAGGCUGGGAGUCGGUGGGAUAAACACGUAAGAUUGAGAAACAUGCUGUCCGGAAAACCGUCUGUGUUCCUUUUAAUGGUCAACGGGCAGAUCGAAAGCGCUGAUUUUCCAGAGUUUGAUGAGCUGUAUUGCAAAUACUCCUAUGUGUAUGGACAUGACUGGGCUCCAACAACAGGUUUGGAGGAAGGGAUAUCCCAGAUUACCUCUAAAAAUAAGGAUUGCAAUCAAUGCUUCGUAUGGAACUUUCCAAUGGAAAUCACAUUCAAGAGCACCAAUCCAUUUGGCUGGCCGCAGAUAGUUAUAAGUGUGUAUGGUGCUGAUCUGUUCGGAAAUGAUGUGGUCCGUGGCUAUGGAAGCGUUCAUGUUCCCACAACUCCUGGAAGGCAUAAAAGAACUAUUCCAAUGUUUGUCCCAGAGUCUUCAUCUAAGCUGCAAAAAUUUACAAGCUGGCUCAUGGGAAGGCGCCCAGAAUUUACAGAUCCUAAAGUGGUUGCACAAGGAGAAGGAAGAGAAGAUGGAGAGACAAAGGUGACGAGUGGUCUGCUCCAAGUCAAUAAAGUAAACAGCUUUUGACACCUUGGGGGUUUUUAAAAAGUUGGAACAAUGGAUGCAGCAUGAAGAGAUGGGAUCGAGUUCUCAGAAAACCAGAAUUUUAGUUUACCUUUCAGUAGUGUUUGUGAUUUGGAAGCUGCUAUACAUCUCCGCCUGCUACAGCGAAAACACUCAAGUUCUCUCUCUCGCCCACACACAGUUCUCUUUUGGUGUUCUUUCCUCCUCGACUUGAGAAACAUUGUCUGACGUGACCUAUUUUAUUGAAUUUGCCUCUGCCAAGGGUGUGUUUAUAGGAUGUUACUAUCUUGGAAUCAAUAACCAAAGGUAAUUAACAUAUAAUCUUGUUCGCUUUUCCAAUAGAGUUAAGAUUUUCAAAUUCUUCUUUCUUUUGGGUUUGUAUUUUAACUAUAGUGUAAGAAUAAAGUGUGCUGAUUCAGGACUGGUA